GCGCGCUGCAGACACCUGGACUGAGCUGCACGAGCGGCCAGAAGAGUCAGUCCCACAGCUGGAGACAACACUACUUCACACGGACUUUAUUUACUGAUAGACUGACUAUUCAACCUGACUUUUGAGCGAAACGAGACAGGAGCAUCAUGAGCAGAAGAACACGACGCUGGAUAUUUCACAUUUUCCUUUGUAUCGGAAUAAUCUACUUAAAAAUGGGGCGGUUCUCCACCGUGCUGGCGCUGGGAGCGAGCAUCAUAUGUAACCGGAUCCCGGGUCUGGCGCCCAGGCAGCGCAUCAUCUGUCAGAGCCGGCCGGACGCGCUCAUCGUGAUCGGACAGGGCGCACAGAUGGGGCUCAACGAGUGCCAGUUCCAGUUCAGACACGGCCGCUGGAACUGCUCCGCGCUCGGAGACAGGACCGUCUUCGGGAAAGAGCUGAAAGUGGGCAGUAAAGAGGCAGCGUUCACGUAUGCCAUCAUGGCAGCAGGAGUGGCUCAUGCCAUCACAGCCGCCUGCACGCAGGGAAACCUCAGCGAAUGCAGCUGUGACAAAGACAAGCAGGGCUUCCACGGCCACGCCGACGGAUGGAAAUGGGGCGGCUGCUCGGCAGACAUCCACUACGGCCUGGGCUUCUCCAAAGUCUUCAUGGACGCUAGAGAGAUCAAACACAGCGCCAGGACACUUAUGAAUCUACAUAACAACGAAGUAGGCCGAAAGGUCCUGGAGAGGAACAUGCGGCUGGAGUGUAAAUGUCACGGUGUGUCUGGAUCCUGCACCACCAGAACCUGCUGGAUGACCCUCCCCAAGUUUCGCGAGCUUGGCUACAUCCUGAAAGACAAAUACAGCCGCGCCGUUCAUGUGGAGCCGGUCAAGGCCACGCGCCACAAACGACCCACUUUCCUCAAGAUCAAAAAGCCCUACUCGUACCGCAAGCCCAUGGACACAGAUCUGGUGUACAUCGAGAAAUCACCCAGCUACUGCGAGGAGGACCCUGUGACCGGCAGCGUGGGCACUCAGGGCCGGGUGUGCAAUAAGACGCUGGUGCACCAUCCCAACGGCUGCGACCUGAUGUGCUGCGGCCGCGGAUACAACACACACCAGUAUUCACGCGUCUGGCAGUGCAACUGCAAGUUCUUCUGGUGCUGCUACGUCAAAUGCAACACUUGCAGCGAGAGGACAGAGGUGCACACAUGCAAAUGAGCGAUGCCUAUGGAUCUUUUGACCUAGUUUAUGAGAGGAUCUUUCAUCCUGACAUUAAAAGAUGACUUAAUCAGGUGGCAUCUGUUCUUUUGAUCAAGACCUUACAUCAGACAUCCUUCCUUCACUUUAAAGGAAGAUCAUAAAGUUUUGUCUGGAGAAAGAAUUGCUUGAGAAGGAACACGGGACCAAAAAGUGUAAAAUACUAUACUUUUGAUGCCACUCUCUGCGAGUGUUUUUUCAGUCUGCAGGAAGCUGUUUGGAUUAAAACAAGGCUCUCUUGUCUUCUACCUGCUGUAAAACCCAGUACAACUAUCUGAAUCCUGAUUUUUACCAAUGGAGCUACUGGAUCAUGGACGUCUUGCAGGCGUGAAAGUGAAAUUAACAGAGAUAUUAACAAAUAGAGCAAAACAUCAUGGUUCCAGAUGUAAGCUGAGGUUUUAAUUUUAUAGUUUAAGAACAUUUCUAAAGAGAAAAUUAAUCAAGGAAACCAAGGAAAAUAAUGCACGAUCACUGUUGUGCUCUCUUGUUAAAUUCAUCCAAACUGAUUUUAUUUAUUUAUUAAAAACAAUGUUGUUAACUGUAAUUAAUGAGACUCUGGGAAGAAAUAGUGGAUCUGCAUCUCUUGAUGAAUACACUGAGAUUUGUAUCUUCUGAAAGUAUAGCUUUAUUAGUUUACAUAAUGCAUUGUUAUAAAAAAAACAAAAAAAACAGGCAAUAUUUUUUUCGAUGAGAAAUUUCCUAUAUGCUGCUAGUCUGGAAUAAUCACAUUCGCUGUAAUAUUAAGAAACUACUGACCACAAGCUUUUUGAAACUGGUAUAGUGAUGAAUCCAGAUGUAGAAUUUACACUGAAAAUAUUGAGUAUAUUUUGUGAAAGAAUAUUUUUAUAUGAAUGUUUUAUUUAUACUUUGCCAUUUCUGAAAACCACUCCGUUUGCAUUAUGCAGUAAUUUUGACUUGUGGGUGACAAAGUUGGAAUGUGGAUGUUAAUGAUUAAAGUCAAACCUAGAUCUCAUGCAACCAUGGCUAUGUUGUUAGUAGUGUUUGAUAGUGGUAAGCAACACUAUCACUAGUAUCACUUCUUUAGAUUUAGUGAUUUGAACAAACUAAUAACUUUGUGCAACUGAAAUGAAUGCUUCUUAAAAUCAUGCAGCAUGAUGAGCAGAGGUUCGCUGGUUCAAAUUGAUGGUGGGCAAAUCAUGAGACCUGAACCAUAUCUAGAGAGCAGAACAUUACAGACAGAACAGCACAGUGUUGUGUUUGAGCUCAACACUUCAGCAUCUGCACUGGACAAAUCACAUAAAACAACCUAGCAUCGCACAACACAAGUUGACAAGACCAGCACUCACUCAAUUUUGUUAGUGGUGUUAGUGUUCCUCAUGUGUGAUGCCGCCACAGUUUGUCUUGUUGAAGAAUUCAGCCUGAAUAAACAUUACACAACAGUAAUUCCCACCAGUGCUUUGUUUUGGACAGUAAUUCCAGCUCCUCGUGUAAUUGAUGAGCGCAGGGAGUGUUAUUGUGACGACUUGUUCAAGUGGGCGGAGCUGGAGUUGUCAGGUGAUUGAUGACUUGGACAUUUCUUCCAUUCAGUCCUUUGCUGUUAGUUGCUAAACAACUCCAUUGACUGCUGCGAAAUGUCAGCUAGUCACGCAGGCUAAGUCAGCUAGCGCUUACACGUGAUAUCGUUCAGCUUUCGCAAAAACAUACACACGUGGAUAUUAUCAGGAAGGAGAACUGCUAACACAAGACAUUACUAUCAAGAUCAUAGUGAAUUAAUUCAGCAGAGAAGUGGAGAGAGUUUCUUCAUUCUGGUCCUGUCAUCGAAACUCAAGCUUCUGUUUGUUUUUGUGAUCUAGCAAUU